UCCAAUCACAGGAGGGCUGAGCAGGGAGAGGCUGACACCGCAGCCUCCCUGUGAUGUGAUGCUGGGGAUGAGGACACUGUGUGGCUGCGCAGAGAGAGACGGCUCUGUCUGAUGUUACAGGAAGCAUUAAUAAUAAGCACAAAGACUAGGAAAAGGUUUGGGAACCCAACUGGAAAGGUCCAUCAGCUGACCCCCAAACAGUAGAAAGGCCUCCAAGUUUCCUCACUAAGCCACAGCCAUGAAUUUUCUACGUAGACGUCUCUCCGACAGCAGCUUUGUGGCCAACCUUCCCAAUGGCUACAUGAUGGACCUUCAACGGCCAGACAAUUCCACCAGUUCCCCUGUGUCCCCGGCCAUGGAGAGGAAGCAACAGCAACAUUCCCAGGUUCCAUCUUCUUCUUCUGCACCAGGUUCCAGUCUCUUCAGUUCUUUCUCCAAUGCAGUAAAGCAGACUACCCAGGCUGCCGCAGGUCUGGUAGAGCCGACCGGACCUCCGCCUCCUCCUGUGGUCCUAAAACCUAAGAAUCUCCUGGUGAUUGAUGACCCACACACAGAUUGGGCCAAGUAUUUCAGAGGCAAGAAAGUGAACAUGGAGUAUGAAAUUCGGGUGGAGCAGGCCGAAUUCUCAGAGAUCAACCUAGCUGCAUAUGUGAAUGGUGGCUGCAUGGUGGACAUGCAAGUGAUACGGAAUGGAACCAAGGUGGUCAGAUCCUUCAAACCGGAUUUUGUGCUCAUCCGUCAGCAUGCAUACAGCAUGACUCUUGGUGAGGAUUUCCGAAGCCUGAUCAUGGGCCUGCAGUAUGGGGGAGUCCCCAGUGUCAAUUCUCUGUACUCCAUCUACAACUUCUGCAGCAAGCCCUGGGUGUUUUCGCAGCUUAUUAAGAUCUUCCAUAGACUGGGCGCUGACAAGUUCCCCUUGGUGGAUCAGUCCUUCUUCCCAAACCACAAGCAGAUGCUGACGACACCAAAUUUUCCAGUGGUGGUGAAAAUGGGCCACGCUCAUGCUGGAAUGGGCAAGGUUAAGGUGGAUAAUCAAUAUGACUUCCAGGAUAUGGCCAGUAUCGUAGCCAUGGCAAAGACUUACGUGACCAGUGAGCCAUUCAUAGACUCCAAAUACGACAUCCGCAUCCAGAAAAUCGGCAAUAAUUACAAAGCCUAUAUGAGGACAUCGAUUUCUGGGAACUGGAAGGCAAACACUGGAUCGGCCAUGUUGGAACAGAUCGCAAUGACUGACAGAUACCGCUUAUGGGUAGAUUCGUGCUCUGAACUUUUUGGUGGCGUGGACAUUUGUGCUGUGAAAGCUGUCCAUAGUAAGGAAGGCAAAGAUUUUAUCAUUGAGGUAAUGGACAGCUCCAUGCCUUUGAUUGGAGAGCACGUGGAGGAAGACCGCCAGCUGGUGGCCGAUCUUGUGAUCGCAAAGAUGACGCAACAUGUCCAGAUGAAUUCACCAGCAUCUUCCCAACCCAAACAGCAGCCCCAACAAAUGCAGCCACAGGCUAUCAAACCACAAAUGCAGCCACAACCCGGUCCACAGGGAGCUUCGGGGGUUCCGGCCCAACCACGGCCCCCACCACAAGGUGGAGCCCGUCCAGGACAAGGGCCCGCACCUCCCAGAACAGGGGCCCCACCUCAGCAGAGGCUUUCUCCACAAGGACAGCAGCCUCAAACAUCCCAACCUAGUUCCCCACAGCCGCAGAGAUCUCCAAAUUCCCCUCAGCUGCCCAGACCCGCCAGUGGCACCCCUCCGGGCCAGACACCCAAAUCUGCUUCCGCUUCUCCGCAGCAGCCCCGACCCCCAACUCAGGGGCAACCACAAUCCCAACAGGUGCAGCUGGGAGCAGCUGUCAAGUCUCAGCCAUCUCCUCACCCACACUUGAACAAAUCCCAGUCGCUGACCAACAAUUUCAAUAUCUCCGAUCCGUCUCAAAAAGGUUCUGGUAAUGAGGAUGAAGCAAAAGCUGAAACCAUUCGAAACUUGAGGAAAUCCUUUGCAAGCCUGUUCUCUGACUAAACUCCAGUUCUUAUAGCCCUCAGAGUUGUGAAAACAUACAAUUGUCACCCAUUAUUACAGAGAAGACCAACAAUCCCAUCAUAACACCUCCUACGAUAGGAGUGCAUUGAAACAUCUGAUCCCGUCCCUUCGGAACCUAAUAUCUUCCGUCCGAGAAUUGUAUCAACCGCUGUCCUAAGUCAAUGACGGACUGGGCAGAUCCAACUUAAGAAGCUUUCCAUUGACAUCUGAGGAUGCUUUAUAAAUGUUCUUAACCAGCUGGAUAUAGAAAACAUAACGUUCAACUGCUGGGAUUCCUUUUCCAGAUAGCCAGACUCCCAGAUGUUCGCUUCUGUGAUGUCCCCUUGUGUACAUAGUUUAAAAAGCAUGAACAUGUGAUCCAAGAUUCCCUACCCACAGUACUCAACCUUCAGGAAGUCAAAAUCUCGGUCAAGGUCAGGGUGAUUUAAGAGUUCUUCAGAGACUAGACCUGAGUUUCACCAUUGGAGUGCGGGAGCUACAAGCCGUU